GCUGCCCCCGUCCGGCCCACGCCCAGAGGCCGCCCCGGAGGCCUCUGCCAAACGCCAGUCACUUUGAUUCAACUUCGAUGGGUUUCUCGCAAAUGGCAACAUUUCGAUGGUGAGGGGCGAGAGGAAACGAGCAGCAGCAGUCCGGCUGAUUUGAUCUCCAGUGGGAUCGAUUCAGUGAGCCGCAAGAAGCGGGUCUGAGUUUUCAACCCAGGUCUGAACAAAAUUAAGAAGGAGCUUCUACAAUCACAGCAGAUGAAGAUCCACUGGUAAAUCGAUCAGGAUUUUUGGCCUGCCCUCCAAAGAAAAGGAGCGGAAAGAAUGUCGGAGCGGGCCGCGGAUGACGUCAGGGGGGAGCCGCGCCGAGCGGCGGCGGCGGGCGGAGCAGCGGCCGCGGCUGCCCGGCAGCAGCAGCAGCAGCAACAGCAGGCUCCGCAGCCCCAGCGGCAGCCGCCGCCGCUGCCGCGGCGCCUACGGCCGGAGGACGGCGGCCCCGGGGCCGCCUCCACCUCGGCCGCCACCGCAAUGGCGACCGUCGGGGAGCGCCGGCCCCUGCCCAGUCCCGAAGCGAUGCUGGGACAGUCGUGGAAUCUGUGGGUCGAGGCUUCCAAACUUCCUGGGAAAGAGGGGACGGAAUUGGACGAAAGUUUCAAGGAGUUUGGGAAAAACCGCGAAGUCAUGGGGCUCUGUCGCGAAGACAUGCCAAUAUUUGGUCUCUGUCCAGCCCACGAUGAUUUCUACUUGGUGGUGUGUAACGACUGUAAUCAGGUUGUCAAACCGCAGGCAUUUCAGUCACAUUAUGAAAGAAGACAUAGCUCAUCCAGCAAGCCUUCUUUGGCCGUUCCUCCCACUUCAGUAUUUUCCUUCUUCCCUUCUCUGUCCAAAAGCAAAGGAGGCAGUGGAAGUGGAAGCAGCCGUUCUUCCAGUGGAGGUGUUCUAAGUGCAUCCUCGUUAAGUUCCAAGUUGUUGAAAUCGCCCAAAGAGAAACUGCAGCUCAGGGGGAACAGGCCAAUGCAUCCCAUUCAGCAAAAUAGAGUCCCCCAUGGUAGAAUCAUGACGCCCUCUGUCAAAGUGGAAAAGAUUCCUCCGAAGAUGGACGGCACACUACUGAAAUCUGCGGUAGGGCCAGCCUGUCCUGCUGCUGUGAGUUCCUCAGUCAAGCCUGGCCUUAACUGCCCCUCAAUACCAAAGCCAACCUUGCCUUCACCUGGACAGAUUCUGAAUGGCAAAGGGCUUACUGCACCGCCUACGCUGGAAAAGAAGUCAGAAGAUAACUCCAAUAACAGGAAAUUUUUAAAUAAGAGAUUAUCAGAAAGGGAGUUUGAUCCUGACAUCCACUGUGGGGUCAUCGAUCUCGACACCAAGAAGCCCUGCACCCGGUCUUUGACAUGCAAGACACAUUCCUUAACCCAGCGGAGGGCUGUCCAGGGUAGAAGAAAACGAUUUGAUGUGUUGUUAGCCGAGCACAAAAACAAAACCAGGGAAAAGGAAUUGAUUCGCCAUCCGGACUCUCAGCAACCAACGCAGCCUCUCAGGGACCCGUAUCCCACUCCUCCUAGAACUUCACAGGAGCCACACCAAAACUCUCACGGAGUGAUUCCUUCCGAAUCAAAGCCUUUCGUAGCUAGUAAACCUAAACCUCACACCCCCAGUCUUCCAAGGCCUCCAGGCUGCCCUGCUCAGCAAGGUGGGAGUGCCCCCAUUGACCCUCCUCCAGUCCAUGAAUCUCCACACCCUCCCCUGCCUGCCACUGAGCCAGCUUCUCGGUUAUCCAGUGAGGAGGGAGAAGGCGAUGACAAAGAAGAGUCUGUUGAAAAACUGGACUGUCAUUAUUCAGGUCAUCAUCCUCAGCCAGCAUCUUUUUGCACAUUCGGGAGCCGGCAGAUUGGAAGAGGCUAUUACGUGUUUGACUCCAGGUGGAACCGGCUUCGCUGCGCCCUCAACCUCAUGGUGGAGAAGCAUCUGAACGCGCAGCUAUGGAAGAAGAUCCCGCCAGUGCCCAGUACCGCAUCGCCCGUCUCCACACGUGUUCCUCACCGGACAAACUCUGUGCCGACGUCACACUGUGGGGUCAGCUACCUGGCGGCAGCCACCGUGUCUCCCUCCCCUGUCCCGCUCUCGUCCUCCUGCAUCUCCCCCAGUAGCAAGUCGGUACCAGCUCAUGGAACCACACUGAACGCACAGCCCGCCGCCUCCGGGGCCGUGGAUCCCGUGUGCAGUAUGCAGUCCAGACAGGUGUCCUCUUCUUCGUCCUCCCCCUCCACGCCCUCCGGCCUGUCCUCCGUGCCCUCCUCCCCUAUGGCCAGGAAACCUCAGAAGUUGAAAUCUAGCAAGUCUUUAAGGCCGAAGGAGUCUUCUGGUAACAGCACUAACUGUCACCACGCGAGUAGCAGUGCCGGCAGCGGCGGCUCAGGAAAGAAACGCAAAAACACUUCCCCGCUGUUAGUCCCUUCCUCGUCCUCGUCCUCGUCUUCCUCCUCGUCUUCUUCUCAUUCCAUGGAGUCUUUUAGGAAAAACUGUGUGGCUCACCCCGGGCCUCCCCACCCCGCGGUGGUCGCCUCUCCCCACGGCGUCGGCCUCAACUGUGUGGCCGGCAAAGCGAACUCGGUGAGCGGCCGGCACGAGCAGCCCGGGCGGGGCGCCCCCGGCGGGAGCCCCGGUGAGUCCAUCAAGAGGAUGAGCGUGAUGGUGAACAGCGGCGACUCCACACUCUCCCUCGGCCCCUUCGUGCACCAGGCCAGUGAGCUGCCCGUCGGCUCUCACGGCGCCUGCCCCCACCCGCACACUCCUCUGGACAAGCUCCUAGGCAAGAAAAGAAAGUGCUCGCCGGGCUCGAGCGGCAUCAACAGCAGCAGCGGCAGGCCCACCAAGGUGGCUAAACUGCCGGCCGUGAACAAUGUCCACGUGAAGCAUGCGGGCCCCAGCCCGGGGCCGCCAGGACUGGCAAACAGCUCCCUCCUGCAUCAGCAGGAUACCUCCUGUCCUUGCUUACAAGCAGGAAUUUCCGCGGUGUCACCCCUAGAGCCCUACUUUAAAAUGGGGGGCCCAUGGCUACAGAUCAGAGGAUGGAUGAACCCCCAAGAUGUUGCGUAUUUUUACAUCUGUGAUCAUUUAUCUGCAAGAGGGAUCCUGUAGCUUUCUUCAGACUAUCAAAGGGACCCAUGACUCGAAAAUGCUGUAAAGAACGCUGCUUCUUAGACUAGUAGGGACCUGAGCUCGCUGUUGUCCGCGGAGCUGAUUUUAAAGCAGAGAUAACUGAACUGGUUGGAAUCCCCUCAACAACGGAAUCAGUGGGACCUGCUGGGGAGCCUAGGAGAUGGGGCUGGGUGCGAGCCCAGCCCCCGAGUUGAUUCGUGGGCUCUGCCACCAAGGACCUAAAAAUAGCUCACUGUGGGACUGUGAAGGCCAGAAUACCCUCUCCCUGCCUCAGCAUGGCCUUGGGCGUGAGUUUUCACACCUGUGUGGUGGCCCAUUUGACCUUGUUCACGUCUCAGUUGACAACCUGGAAUACCUUCAAGGAAACUGCAUCAGUAAAUAGAACCAAAAGGCAAACGUGUGAGCCUUUUCUCUAAGCUAGAAACCCAGGCUGUGUCUCUUCUGGACAGUUUUCUAAAAGCCAGUCUUUUAUUUAGAAGGAUUGUGCCCCAGGGCACAGAAGGCUUUUGAAAGCUAAAGCCAAAUUCUAGAGCUGCCUGCUCCUGGCAUCGCCGGUUCGGUUGGAGAUGCAGUGGCCUCGGGAAUACCAUACCGUGUUUAGAAAUCAGGGCAGGGCCGUGUACAGCCGCUUACUUACCUUUCGUUGUCUCCCCACCCCCUCUUUUUUGAAAGCCAAAGGCACGUCCCUGACAGCUGAAAAUAGCACGGGGAGGAAUAAUCUGGACACUUUUGACGACAAGUUUCACCUCCACUCAGCACUCUGGACUCCACGAUGCCUUUGAGUCUGUUUUCCCAACCUCCUGUGGGCCUCGAGGGUAGAAAUCUGCUGGGCUGUUGUUUUAACGAGGAUGUCCCUGAAGCUUUGUCUGUAGCAGUGAGUACUCGUAAAGAACACUGGAUCAAGUCCAGCCACCGAAUUGCUUUUAUCAGUGUUAGAGUGGUCUGGACUACUUGCUACAAUCUGUGAGAAGUUCCUGUCUCGUUGUUGAACCUGUAGUAUUUCACGGAGCCACUCUUGGAAGAGGUUGGCUGGCGAGAGUGUCUUGGCAAGAACGUGACUGUAGACUUUUCUCCCUCCCUCCUCUCCCUGCCUAGUUCUUUCCUCACCCUGUCGUCUGUAGGUCCCUCUCCAGCAGUCAGGCACCUUAACUGGAGACACCUCCCAGGGGCGAGCAGAGCUGCACCCCAAGCAGCCCUCUGGAGAAAGGGGGUCUGCAGCUAGGUUUUUAUAGCAGGUGCCGGGAAUGGAAUAUGGACGUCAGUGAGAGGCACCAUGACAAAAGAGCCUGUGUUUUUGCCCAGCCUUUUGCAAGUAAUUUGGGAUCAGAAGCCGUCAGAAGUUUCUAAUGUACAAACUGGUUUAAAGCCAUUGAUGGCCAGAGAGCAAGUAUACACCAGUUUAGAGGCUUACUUUUCAUGGUACAAAAGCAAUGGUUGUGUGAUUUUUUUUUUUUUU